CACUUCCUCUCCCGCCCUGCGCUUGACGAAGCGUAUGGGGAGCUCUCUGGCGCGGGGCAUUGUGGGUUUGCUGGACGGCCCAGGCGCGGAAGGCAGGUGACUAACGGGCCGCGGAACAAGCUUCCACGAUGAUGCCCACACCAGUUAUCUUGUUGAAAGAGGGAACUGACAGCUCCCAAGGCAUCCCGCAGCUUGUGAGUAACAUCAGUGCCUGCCAGGUGAUUGCUGAGGCUGUAAGAACCACCCUGGGUCCCCGUGGCAUGGACAAGCUUAUUGUGGAUGGCCGAGGCAAAGCAACAAUUUCUAAUGAUGGGGCUACAAUUCUUAAACUUCUUGAUGUCGUCCAUCCUGCAGCAAAGACUUUAGUGGACAUUGCCAAAUCCCAAGAUGCUGAGGUUGGUGAUGGUACUACCUCAGUGACGCUGCUGGCGGCCGAGUUUCUAAAGCAGGUGAAACCAUAUGUGGAAGAAGGUCUGCACCCUCAAAUCAUCAUCCGUGCUUUCCGCACAGCUACCCAGUUGGCAGUUAACAAGAUCAGAGAGAUUGCUGUGACUGUGAAGAAACAAGAUAAAGUGGAACAGAGGAAGCUGCUGGAAAAAUGUGCCAUGACAGCACUGAGCUCCAAGCUGAUCUCCCAGCAGAAGGCUUUCUUUGCCAAGAUGGUAGUUGAUGCUGUGGUUAUGCUUGAUGAUUUGCUCCAACUUAAGAUGAUUGGGAUCAAGAAGGUUCAGGGUGGAGCCUUAGAGGAGUCUCAGCUGGUGGCUGGUGUUGCAUUCAAGAAGACUUUCUCUUAUGCUGGGUUUGAAAUGCAGCCCAAAAAGUAUAGUAACCCCAUGAUUGCCCUCUUGAAUGUUGAGCUUGAGCUGAAAGCGGAGAAAGAUAAUGCUGAAGUCAGAGUCCACACAGUGGAGGAUUAUCAGGCAAUUGUUGAUGCUGAGUGGAACAUUCUCUAUGGCAAGUUGGAAAAGAUUCAUCAGUCUGGAGCCAAAGUAAUACUGUCCAAACUCCCCAUUGGAGAUGUGGCCACACAGUUCUUUGCUGACAGGGACAUGUUUUGUGCUGGCCGUGUGCCUGAGGAGGAUCUGAAGAGGACAAUGAUGGCCUGUGGAGGCUCAAUCCAGACCAGUGUGAAUGCUCUGACUCCAAAUGUGCUGGGCCACUGCCAGGUGUUUGAAGAGACUCAAAUUGGAGGUGAGAGGUACAAUUUCUUCACUGGCUGCCCCAAGGCCAAGACUUGUACCUUCAUCCUCCGUGGUGGUGCUGAGCAGUUUAUGGAGGAGACAGAGCGGUCAUUGCAUGAUGCCAUCAUGAUUGUCAGAAGGGCCAUUAAGAACGACUCUGUGGUGGCUGGUGGUGGGGCCAUCGAGAUGGAGCUUUCCAAAUACCUGAGGGAUUACUCGAGGACCAUUCCAGGGAAGCAGCAGCUGCUGAUUGGGGCAUAUGCCAAGGCCUUGGAAAUUAUUCCACGCCAGCUGUGUGACAAUGCUGGCUUUGAUGCCACAAACAUCCUCAACAAGUUGCGGGCUCGUCAUGCCCAGGGGGGCAUGUGGUACGGGGUGGACAUCAACAACGAGGACAUUGCUGACAACUUUGAGGCCUUCGUGUGGGAACCAGCUAUGGUGCGGAUCAAUGCACUGACAGCAGCCUCUGAGGCUGCUUGCCUUAUUGUAUCUGUAGAUGAGACCAUCAAGAACCCUCGCUCCACUGUGGAUGCUCCCCCUUCCGUGGGCCGGGGCCGGGGCCAAGGCCGCCUCCAUUGAGGCACCUCACACUCAUCAGUGCUGCCCAGCACAGGUGCACCCUCCUCCCCAGCUUGGUGAGACGAGGAAAUGGUUGUCAUUGGUCCACUGUGUUCUAACUGUAGGUUAUUUAAAUAAAACAUAAGAUUAUUUGGG